AUGAAGAAUUUUUCAAUUUCUUUCAUAAAAAUUGUAAAAUAUUAUCCUAGAUUUAAUUUUGCUGAUUUACUUAAGCAAACAGAUUCAAAUGAUGAGAAAGUGUAUUUCACAAAAGAAGAUGGUAACUUUUUUGAUUUCAAGUGAUCUAGAAAAAAUAAUGUCGAAAUUAAUGAAAAAAAUAUAGGAGAGUAAUGAAAAUUAAAUGAAUAAAGAUGAAAAGGAAGUAAAAAUGCCAAAAGAAGAACUUUAAGUAAAUAGAUGUUUAAUUAUAUAAGAAAAUUUUUAGUAAUUAUAGAGUUACAUAUAAUGAAGCUUUAUUGAAAGAAAUAUUAAUCUGGAGAAAAAAAAAUUGA